AUGUCUCUGUAUACUCCCACGGGAGCCAAGGCCAAGCGUCGCACUCCUGGAGGCGCUGCAGAGAUCUCAGGCGGGCGCUCCACCCCACGCCCCAAUGGCGCCGCCGGCUCCUCACACCACCUCAACGCCAUAGGCUCUUCCGCCUCUCCUCAUCACCACCACGGCAACGCUACAGCCACUGCAGCUGAUUUGAGCGACGAGCAGCGCCAGGAGAUCAAGGAGGCGUUCGAGCUCUUUGACACCGAUAAGGAUGGAGCGGUGGAUUACCAUGAGCUUAAAGUCGCGAUGCGCGCGUUGGGCUUCGAUCUCAAGAAGGCAGAAGUGCUCAAGCUGCUGAGGGAAUAUGACCGCAGGGGGGAAGGAUUGAUGGAGUGGGAAGACUUCUCAAAGAUCAUGGGUGACAGGAUAGCUGCUCGCGACCCGUUGGAAGAAAUCAGACGGGCGUUUGCACUCUUCGACGAUGACAAUACAGGCAAAAUUUCGGUCAAGAACCUGCGCAGGGUGGCUAAAGAGCUUGGGGAGCAGCUGGACGAGGAUGAGUUACAAGCGAUGAUCGAUGAAUUUGAUCUGGACCAGGAUGGUGAGAUCAAUGAGCAAGAGUUCAUCCAGAUCAUGAUGGAUGAGGGAUAG